AACAUGCUCAUUUACUCAUUUACUUUUCGACUCUGGUUGAGGAAGCAUCUGCUAAAUUCGGUAAUUUUGUGAAAAGUGUACAGUGUUAUAAUUUCUAUAAAAAAUAUUAUUGUCAAUAAGAUCAAUUGAUACAUUAAAUUAAUUACCUAAUUGACAAAAUAUAUAAUAUUGUAUGAAUCACUGAUAGAUUUUUUACAUUCUUUAUUUGCUCUAAAAUAAAACAUGACGGUAUUAAGUGUGAACAACUUAAAAAUUAAUGGAGAAUCUAAUAAUAAUAAACAGUAUGACCGUGAUUUUUUAAUACAACUACGAGACAUUCCUCAGUGUAAAAUAAAACCUGCUUAUCUUAAUAACCGCUUUGAAAGUAUUCAUAAAUCCGAAUUUAGAGAAAUCCCAUUUUACUGGAAUGCAGGUAGCAGAAUAAAUGGUUUUAACCCAAAAUCACAUCAUCAACUAUUUCCUAACUUUGCAAAACCUUCAGGUGGACAAUUGUCUUAUCAGCUGGCAAGACGGAGUAUUUCUCAAGAAAAUGUUGCUAGACCCAGAAGGAGUGGGAUGAUCCAUGUAUCAUUAUCACUGAAUGAAUCUGUAAAAUUGCGUGAAUCUGACAAUGCCUGGAAACCAACUCUGCUGAAAAAAAAGACUGGAGCACAAGUGGAAGAAGAGACCCAAGUUCUUUACAAGAACGUUCGCAGCGUGUUGAAUAAACUAACCCCGGAAAAAUUCGACAAACUUGUUGGACAAGUGCGAGCAUUAGAAAUUGACACGCAGGAGAAAUUGCAAGGUGUUAUUAAUCUGGUAUUCGACAAAGCGAUUGAUGAGCCGAAUUUUGCUGUAGCGUAUGUUCUGAUGUGCAAAGAACUUGCAUUAAUGAAAGUUAAUACACCAAAUGAAAAAAAUCCGUCCCAGGUAGCUGGAAAUCCAGCUGCGAAUGUAAAUUUCCGCAAGCUACUUAUUACUCGGUGUCAAGUAGAGUUUGAAAAAAAUAAAACUAAUGAAACACAGAGAACUGAAAAGGUGAAAGAAAUUGAAGAAUGUAAAGACGCUAAAAGGAAAAAAGAUUUGCAGGCAGACCUUGCAGAGUAUGAUCGUAAGAUUAGAAUGAAAUCUGUUGGAAAUAUUAAAUUUAUCGGUGAAUUGUACAAACAAAGAAUGUUGACGAGCAAUAUAAUGAAUUUAUGUAUUAAUCAUUUAUUGCAAACUCCGGAUGAAGAAAAUUUAGAAUGUUUGUGUAAAUUACUGACGACUAUUGGAAAAAUAUUUGAAGAAAAAAAUAACCUUUCGUCUUACUUUAAGAAAUUAGCAGAGCUGACUAAUCAAAAGGGAGUAAAUAAGAUUAGCUCUAGAAUAAGAUUUAUGAUCCAAGAUAUUAUUGAUUUAAAAUCAAACAAAUGGAUUACUCGUCAUGUUGAUAAUAAUCCUAAAACAAUAAGCCAAAUUCAAAAGGAAGUUGAGACUGAACAAUUUAUCAACACACAUUUAAAUUCUUCAUAUAAUCCAUCACAAGAUUUACGUUCUGAUAACAGACGCAGAAGUCUUAUGGGUCCACCAAGUUAUUCAAGCAAUGGUUGGAGUGUAGCCGGAAGUAAAUCAAGACAAUGGUACGCAGUAGAAACUUCUAAAUUAAAAAUUAACACUUCAGUAGAUGAGGUAACGCUAGGUAGCAAAAAUUCUUACACUUGGAAGCCUUUAGUACCACCAGCUCCUGUAAUAUUGUCACCUAAUAAAUUUUCUAUCCUUGACGCUAAGCUUGAAGAGCAAAAUUCAAGACGUUCAUAUGCUGGAUCACGAUCUACAGGAUUUUCCGAGAGGUCUAAUGAUAGAUCCUUUCAAAGAGGUAAUAAUAACAGCCAGCAAAGAAGAGUUCCCUUGUUUGAGCAAAGAUUAGCAAUGUUAAGAAAUCCUCAAAGUGGGAAUAUUCUUCCAGCAAUUCCGGCGGAAAAAGUUUCUUCAUCAACAUCAGUACCAAGUCAAGUUUGUAUAAAUAAAUCUCUGAAGAGUGAUGUUAUUAAAUCACUUUUGAAAUCUUGCGAAAAUUUUGCAAGCACUGAAGAAUUUAUUAAGGCUGCUGAAGAGACAAUUGCGGAUAACUUCGACAGUUCUUCGUACGAAUUUUUCGUCAGUGAAGCAAUGAACUGUGUGCUUGAAAAGUCCAAGACUGUACGUCAGCGAUUCUCGGCUUUAUUAUCACACAUGAUGGAGAAAAAUAUUAUUUCUCUAUGUCUGUUCCAAAAAGAGUUCAAACAAUUAUUAGAAAUUAAAGAAGAUUUAGUAAUUGAUAUUCCUAAUUGUCAAACAUACCUUGUAGAAAUAUUGUCAGGGUUAUUGACUUCAAGCGCUCAUCCAUUUGUUGAAUUGAAGCAAACGCUAGCUGUACUUAAAAGUAAAGGUUGUGGAAAAUUCUUGGGAGAAUUAUUAUCUACUAUAGCAAAAGAUCAAAAGCAUGAGUGGGUUGCUGGUGAAUGGAAAAAGAGUGAACUAACCUGGUCCGAUUUGGUCGACACCCAGCGAGAAUCAGUUGAUGAUAUUGUUAAAAAUUACAGUUUGGAAUUCUUAACUGGUGAUUCUGCAACAAUAAAAAAAUCACCGCAGACAGAUAUUUGUUAUUUUAAAAAAACUUUUAGUCAAUUACUGGAUUGUAUGCGUAAAAGCAGUGUAAUUGACUUUAUUACUAAUUUCCUAACUACGAACUUUGGAGAGCAACCAGCUGAGCCUAAAUUUUCGAGGUGUCUUAUUGUUGCAAUUUUGACCAUUUCUGUUGAUACUGAAAAUGGAUCUCAUAAAUUGAAUACUGAAAAAUUCAAACAACUCUUACCACUAUUAAUAAGAUAUGUUGAUGCUGAUCCAAAAAAGGAACUUGAGGUACUUUUUGGAAUUCAACAUUUUAUUCACGGCUUAUUGUAUCCUCAAGGACUACUGAGCAGCAUAGUUGCAGUAAUUUACGACGAAGGUAUUAUUUCAGAAGAAGCUUUUUUGUCUUGGCAAAAAUGUGAAGAUCCUGCGGAAAUGGAAGGUCAUGCGAUAGUGAUAAAAUCGCUUACAUCUUUCUUUGUUAACCUCUUGGAAGGAAGUGAAGAAGACGACUCUGAAGAAUAGUUAAUUUAAUAUUAUUAAAUUAUAAUUAUCUAACGACUUAUUUUCAUAAUUAUACUAGUGAAAACAAACAGCCUUUUUAUAAGUUUUUAUCAUGAGU